AUGGGCCGAGUGCUGCUCAAGGUUAUCAUAUUGGGCGACAGUGGGGUCGGGAAGACGUCGCUCAUGAAUCAGUAUGUCAACAAGCGAUUCAGCAACCAGUACAAGGCCACUAUCGGCGCUGACUUCCUCACAAAGGAGGUCAUGGUAGACGACCGCCUUGUGACUAUGCAGUUGUGGGAUACUGCUGGCCAAGAGCGCUUCCAGUCCCUCGGCGUUGCAUUCUACCGUGGUGCAGACUGCUGCGUGCUCGUGUACGACGUGAACAGCUCCAAGUCUUUCGAGACUUUGGACAGCUGGCGCGACGAGUUCCUGAUCCAGGCCAGCCCUCAUGAUCCCGAGAAUUUUCCUUUCGUUGUCCUCGGAAACAAGAUUGACAUGGAGGAGAACAAGAGACAGGUGACGCAGAAGCGGGCAAUGACGUGGUGCCAGUCCAAGGGCAACAUCCCUUACUUUGAGACCUCGGCAAAGGAAGCCAUCAAUGUGGAGCAGGCUUUCCAGACGGUCGCCAAGAACGCACUCCAACAGGAGGCGGAGGAGCAGCUGUACGUCGACUACCCCGACCCAAUCAAGAUCAACGCAGAGUCGUCACAGUCCUACGGCUGCAACUGCUGA